CCCUUGUUGCCACCUCUGGUCUUACCUUCUCUAUCUAUCUCCGGGUACCCCCUGCGGCGACAUUGGUGAGUUGCCACGUCAGCAGGCCACGUCAGCGGACCAUGUCAACAGGACACGUCAGCAGGCCAUGUCAGCCGACAGCAGUACCACGUCAGCAAGCCCCUGGCCUGGUCUAUGGUUUUGCGUUCACAAACAACCGUCAUGGACCAGAAAUCCGGGGAAACAAACGAGGCCUAUCAGGCCCGGAUGCUGGCCUGGAGUAUCGAAACCAAGAGACGGGCGGAUGAUGCACCAACCGCAACGAAGAAGAAGGUAGAGGACGCCGAGAAGGCACGUCUGCUUGCAAUCGAACAGCAGCGCCAACACGACGAGGCAUCAACAAAGACUGCCAAUGAAGAAUGGGUUCAACGUCGUGAGAAGAUAUUUAGCGGAGAGCAAGUUUUGCUCACAAUGGCAGCAGAUUGGCGGGCCGAUGCCGAGAAUGGCAAGAUGGAAGAUAGCGAAAACAAGAUUGCUCUACUCCUCUCCCAUCUCACGGACCUCCUGGCAACAUGCAUUACACAGCAGGAGGACAUCCACAACCUCGACGGCGCGCUGACUCAAGUCCACAGCCGCCUCCGGCAGCUAGAGCAGCAACCUAUCGCCGCCCCCGAUGCCAGCUCUUCCAACACCUCCGAUCGCCUCGAAGCAUUGAAGAUUGAUGUCGGCUCCCUCAAGGACGGCGUGCAGUUACAGCAAACCGCAACGCAACAGUUGGAACGGCGGAUCUGCACUGCCGCCAACCACUCGAGUUCAGAACCGCGCGAGACAACUCCAAAGUUCGACGGGCAGGAGAUCUUUUGCGACUCGACGAAGACAGAUCCGAUUCCAUGGUUCCGCAAGUUCGAGCUCAUGCUGCAGCUACACUACGUCAAGGAACACAAGCACCACGCGUACUUAUACUCCCGCUCGGGGGGCGCGUGCCAAGCAUGGUUGGACAAUCUCUUGUCCAAGUACGGAGUGGUAGCUGUCGACUUGCAUACCAAGAUCAGCUGGGAUGAUCUGAAGGCGGCGUGGCAUAAACGCUUCCAAGUAGAGCCGUCGAAGAUCAAGGCAAUGGACAAGCUAAUGGUCUUCGAACAAGGCACGCUGCCGAGUGUCGACUGGAUUGCCGAGUACCAACACUUGACAUCCGUCCCAGACAUCCAAAUGGGCUUCAAAGCCAUCCGCCACUAUUUUGUCUCAAGGUCGUGUCCGACAUUGAUCAAUGCCUUGACUCACGUCGAGGACACCUUGACGACAACGUCGGAACUCUUUGACAAGGCCGCACAAAUUAUUAUCGCGAACAAGGAGGCUAAGAACCUACGUUCAUCUAAGACAGGCCCGAUCAGAGAUCAAUAUCGGCCAAAAAUGGUCGUGGUCACGACGGCAACGCCGUUUGACCAAACUAGCGAGGCCGUGUCUGCCAAUGAAGGGGACAGACUCGCAGCCGCCUAGGAAGGUGGCCGCUCCGGCAAAUGCCGAGGACGCGGCAAGACGAAGAUAAACACCGCAUCUAGCC